AUGGCAAGAGUCUCUAUCUCCGUUCGUGGCGGUUUCGCUCGCCCCAGACGACGACACGUUCCACCAAACGCAUUCUCCGGGCCUCGAGUCAUCCGUCGUCAUGAGAAAUUCGCCGUCCCACAUCGUAUUCUCUUCAGCGGUCGCACUCGUCGCAGGCGCCAGAUCAGAGCCCAAAACGCGAGCAGCAACCCCAAGCUGACCCUGUGCACGCUCCCGGUUGAACUUCAGCUCAAGAUCAUGGACCACCUCGACAAGCCAUCCCGAAUCGCCCUGGGCCUGACCAGCAAACACUUUGCCGACGUCACUCGGCUCUCCAAGACGGAUCUCACCGACCGCCCGUGUCUGGUUCGCUGGUGCACCCCCGGCCCAUGCAGCGAGCGACGCUACACCCAACACAUUUCCGACCGACGCAUCUUGAUGCUGCAACUCAAGACUUGGUUCCCGCGCAGCCAACGCCUCUGCUGGGUCUGCCUCAAGUACACGCCGAUCAAAGGCCACAAAUGGCACUUCACCGCCCGCGUCAACACCCUCGACGGCAACCACAUCGACCUCGCCUUCCUCAACAAGAGGCCGGUGACAAGAGUCUGGGCGCACGCGCGCUGCAUGAACCUCAACGGUCUGACCAACGGCCGCGACCUGGGCAAGUGGGCCGUGAGGACGGCUGGGGCGGCUGGCGGCCUGGACACCUAUCACACGGUGUUCAGCGGCCGCCUCCGCCCAGCCGGGCUGGAGGUGUACGAGCACUAG